UGGUUUGGCUGUUGAAAUCUUUUUAUUUUUCAAAAUUCAUUUUUUUCAUUUUUUGAUCCAUAAAUCCUUCAAUCAUGAAUCGAUUAUUAACUAACUUAAAUCCGAAAAUUAUUCGCGCAACAAUAUCGAAGAAUCAUUAUUAUCAUUCAAUGAUUUUACCAUCAAAAUGUUCAUCAAAAACAACAAUGUUUAAUCAGCAAAAUUCCUUGAAUCAAAUGAUUCAGAAAAGAGGAAUGAAAUUAGCAAAUGAAAAAUUAUUACGAAAAAUGUAUUGGCGAAAACGUAGUUUUGAUGCAAAACCCGAACGAUUACGUGCACGAUCUGAAUGGCAAGAUUGGGAUUUUGGAUCCGAAUUAUAUGCAUUUGCACAACGAUUACAAGAACCACAAUUAAAUAAUGAUAUUUUAAUUCGUUUAUUUACACAUCGAUCAUAUGUUAAUGAACAAAAAUCAAAACAAGAAAGUUUAGGUGUACAAAAUGUUUCACAUCAAUUGGAAGAUAAUUCGGAAUUUAUUCAAUCGGGUUCUAUAUUCAUGAGAAAAUUUUUAUCCAAAUAUCUUCGAUAUCAUUUACGACAAGCACCCGAAGAAUGUAUACAAUCAUUAGUCGAUUAUUUAAUGUCCAAAACAGUAAUGCAAGAUAUUUCUAAAUGGAUUGGUUGUACUGAUCUGGUAUUAUGUUCAGAAUUUCCACCAAAUGAACAAACAUUGGCCGAUACUGUUUCAAGUAUUGUUGGUGCAUUAAUUCAAACCAACGGUGGUGGCGAGAAACGUGCACAAAAUUUUAUCAUCGAUUUCAUUUGUACAUAUUUAAAUGGACGUGAUCCAUUAGAAAUAUGGCGUAUAGAUCAAAUGGAUUUAAAUUUGGAAAUUUUUCUACAAAAUCAAAAUCCUAAUCUGAAAUGUGAAUCAAGAAUAUUACGACAAAGUGCUAUCGAUACAAUUGAAUCCUGUUUUAUUGUUGGAAUUUAUUCGAAUGAUGAUGAUAAUCCAAAAUUAUUAGGACAAUCUUCGGGUGAAUCAUUAUCGAUUGCAAAACGUAUGGCCGAAUUGGAUGCGUUUCGUAGAAUUUUCGGUCUAACCAUCAGUAAUAUUCGAUUUGAAUUUGGUAAACGUGCAUAUGAUUUAGAAUAUGAUAAAUAUGAUCGAGAAAAUUUUCAUUUAUUUCAAUCAUCAUCACCGAAACAAGAAGAAAAAUUAAGACAAAUUUCCUCAUAGAAAUACAAAAAAAAAAAGAAAAA